UAAUAUAUUUUAAUUAAAUUAAAUUUUGCUUUAACCAAAACUAGCAACCGCCAAAAUUCAAGAAAACUACAAAAUGUUGCACGAAGCCCUGAUGCUUGAGAUCUACCGGCAGGCACUAAACGCGGGCGCCUUACCAACAGCCCGGCCACACUCCACAGAAUCAGCGAACUCCAGUGAACGCUGCCCCUCGCACGAUUCAAAUUCUUCGGAAAACGGUCGAGACGCUAGAGACAGCGGUAUUGCUAAUGUAGCUGGGAAUGUCUUACCAGUGCCAACUUCUCCAAAUUCCACUUUCCCAGCUGUACCACAAAGCUUACCCGCACAGCCGCCAUCGAUGGAAGCAUACUUGCAUAUGGUUGCUGCAGCAGCGCAGCAAUAUGGAUUUCCGCUUGGAGCCACAGCUGGCGCUCGUUUGCCAUUGCCAUUACCUACAGAAGCUGCUGCACCAUUUAAAUUGCCACCUCAAGUAUCACCUACAGCUUCGAGCAAUAAUUCAGAGGCUUUAGACUUUCGUACAAAUCUUUUUGCACGCGCUGAAUCAGCCGAACCGGCUGCUUCUGAGGAAGAUGAAGAGGACGAGGAUAACAUGGAUAUCAAUAAUCCACUUGAUUUAUCUGUAGGCCCGCGUAAACGCAAUGCUGAUAUUGGACAUGAAUCGGAUUCUACAAUGGGCCAAAUACAAGUGAAAAAGAUUUUCAAAAAUGAUAGUCCACCAUUGGUUGCACCACCAACUGUACCAGCCGCGCCAUUAUUGCCGUCAGUUAAUCCAUAUUUAGCUGCUGUUGCGGCAGCGAAUAUUUUUCGUUCCGGUCAAUUUCCGGAUUGGAAUGGUAAAAGUGAUUUAGUUGUAGAUCCUUUGGAGAAGAUGUCAGACAUUGUCAAAGGUCCACGCAAAGAAAAGAAUUCUCGCUCAGCAGUUACGCCGACGAACGUACAGCAGACGCCCUUAGUUUCCGGUGCAGGAAGCAAUAAUACAACAUUGCAGCCAUCCACGGAGGGGAUGUCGAAAGCGAGGCACAAUAUUUGGCAGUCCCAUUGGCAGAAUAAAGGCGUUGCUAGUUCUGUAUUCAGAUGCGUUUGGUGCAAACAGAGUUUUCCUACACUAGAAGCACUGACAACUCACAUGAAGGAUAGCAAACAUUGUGGCGUCAACGUACCACCAUUCGGUAAUCUUCCUAAUACAGAUCGUCAUCAUCAACCUCCACCACCAACACAGCCUAGUUCAGCACAACAUUCCCAUAAUUUACGUAAACAAGGUGGAAAUUCGUCAGCGCCAUCCAACUCAAAUUCUUCACCCUCUGCUGCCGCCAAAAAUGCAUUCCAAUACCGUGGAGACCAACCAACACCGCUACCCAGAAAACUUGUACGCGGACAAAAUGUUUGGCUUGGCAAAGGCGUCGAACAGGCUAUGCAGAUUUUGAAGUGCAUGCGUUGUGGUGAAAGUUUCCGUUCGCUUGGAGAAAUGACCAAACAUAUGCAGGAAACUCAGCAUUAUACUAAUAUACUCUCACAAGAGCAAACAAUAUCAAUGAAGUCCUCUUCGAGUGACGCAAAAGACGGGCAGAAUAGCUUGAGCUCUGAAGAAAGUCGCACAUUGAGCGCUGUACUCACAUGUAAGGUAUGCGAUAAAGCAUUCAAUUCACUGGGUGACUUGAGUAAUCACAUGGCCAAAAAUAAUCACUAUGCCGAACCGUUGAUGCAAUCAAUGGGAGGCGCUAGUAAUCGAAAGCGUCCAGCUCCGAAGAAACGUGAAAAGUCAUUACCUGUACGCAAGUUACUUGAAAUGAAAGGUGCACAAAAUGAGUCUGACAUUAUAGAGGCCAAAAUGCAUCGUCCUUUCGACGGUGCUAAACGUAUGUCAUUGGACGGUACAGGCGUUGGACCAGGAAAUGAAAAGGCGGAAGCUGCUUUGUUUGCCGAACGCAUGCGCCAGUACAUAUCCGGAGUAAAAUCGGCAGAAGAAACUGCUAAAGCAAACUUGAGCACUGCCAGUCUAUUGGGAAAAACUAAGUCACCUGAGCUAGAACCAAAAAAUGGUGCCACCAAAUCAUCAACAGGUUCUUCGUCUGUUUUAAGUGCCAUUGAACAAAUGUUUACCACUAGUUUUGACACACCGCCUCGGCAUACCAGCUUACCAGCAACAAGUCCUUCUAAUUCAUCUACUAAAAACACAUCGCCUGUGGCUUCCAGUAUAUUAAAACGUCUUGGCAUCGAUGAGACCGUAGAUUAUAAUAAGCCACUUAUGGAUACAACGGAUCCUUAUUAUCAACAUUAUCGAUACACCAGUAGUGAACGCAGUGGCAGUGAAUGCAGUGCUGAGACACAUCCAGAACAAAGAAAACUUGAUGCACCUACACCCGAAAAAAUUCAAACCGAAGAAACUGUUAAAUCCGACCACGCAAUGGAAAUUAAGAAAGAACCAGAAAAUGAUAAAAUGGAUGAGACGGAACCUUUAUGUACGUCAAAUGAUCAUGUUGCACAAAUAAAAAUGGAGAUCAAGUCUGAAGUUAUUGAUGACGAACCAAAAAGUCCACAGAACUUGGAAAAAAUAGAUGGCACACCUAAUGGUACGGACUUCAGUUAUGCUCACAAUAAUAAUAAUAAUAAUAACAACAAUAAAGAGCGCAGCAUAACACCCACAAAAACGAACAAUACAAGUCCUUUACCAAGAACAUUACCACCGCGCAGUCCCACCGACAGUCAUCGUUCCAUUACACCAAAGUCCCCAGCUUCCAGCAUUAAGUCCUAUGACGGUGAAAAGAAGUAUCCCAGCGAUUCUUUGAACGCAUUAUCUUCAAUGUUCGAUUCGUUAGGCAGCUCUACAUCGAGCACACCCAGCACUCGGGCACAAUCCUCAUCAUCGCUGCUUAAUAACAAAAUUGAAUCCCCGGAAAAUCUUAGCACUACAAACUCCUUAGCCGCCUUACGUCAAUUUUGCGUCAAAAAAGAGAAAACCGCCUAAAUACUUUGUUUCCAUUUUUUGUUCAGAGUAAAAAAUACUUAAAAAUUUUUUGUUUGUCACAUUUCGGUGUAGGACCGGAAUUGUCGUUUUUCGUCGUGGUGAAGGCGUGCCAUACUUUACUGCCAUUAGUUAUCAGCUGCCACUUAACGCUGUUACUCAUCAAGAGAAAUAGCCGACUGUUCGGCAGUUGUCAGUUGCCAGAGUUGGUGAGGACCCGACUUACUUGAGUGACAGGCUGCAAGAGUCUGGCGUCUUAUAAUUUGUUAAAGAUACGAUGGCAGAAGGAGCAGUGGUGUAGGUGCGUUGAAUGUCUAAAAUGUUGGUACUAUAUUGACUUGUGUGAGGUCGUGGAAAGCUGAUGUCAAGUUCUUAUCAAGGAGUGCUGAUGUUACAAAACGACUGUUCGGAAGUUUAAAAUUAGGGCCGUCGAAAAAGGCGCAGAGUCUACGAAACGAGGAUUAUUAGUACUGCGUUCAGACACAUAUUCUAGCAGUAAAAAGUAGCGCAAAUAGAGUGGGCCCACUAUUUCCUAGUACCACACGAACACACAAGCAUACCAAAUAUAUAUUCAUACAUGUACAUACAACCACAGUUUCAUACGAACACAUACAAUUGCAGAUGCUAUGCGAGCUAGAACCCAAUCACAUGUGGCAGAGGAGAAGGAUAAACAGACUCACCUGCGCAUGGUUCCAAAGUGGCAACGCAGAGACGAAGGAGUGUGCGAACAGCAAAUGUUCAGCGUCUUUCAAGUGUAUCAGAUUCAAUACAAAUCAGAAAUGAGCUAUCAAGCGAGCAGAUGGAUGGACGGACGAACGGAUAAACGUACAAACAGCUGGCCAAACAGUAGUAUGAGGUGUGAACGGAUAACCAUUUUCUUUUGCUCAGCAAAACAUCGACAACGGCCCUUUUGCAGCGGUGCCUCUACGAUCUCUUGACCAUUUCGGAUGUGCUUCAUCAAGGCUUUUUAUUGACUGAUCGUCAGUUAAGGGUUGAAAAGAGCAUGAAAAAGGUACAGACACGCAUACAAAGACAGACAUACUAGCUGUAGAAUGAAGAAAGAUAGCAAUAUAUUAUUUGUAAUCGUAUAAGAGAAAGAGCAAUACUACUAUCUUUGCCUUUAAAAGUCCUUUUCAGGGCUGCAAAUCAUUUAAAAAGAGCUAAAAACAGUCAAAUUUCAAAAUGUUAAAAUCUGUCAAAUCUUUGUUCUUUAUAUCUUCUCAAAUUUUUAUUUUUUAUAUAUUCUUUUAUUUUUUAUUUUAUUUUGUUAGAGAGGUCUGAGUUUUUCUCUUCUUUAGUGCAUUCAACUACUAGAUACGAAACUGCGUCUUAAGAAAAAUAUUUGCUGUGAAAUUAGGUAUUUUCUAUUGAAAUGUCUAAAAUACAGAUUCUGUGGUCUAUCUGUAUUUGAUAUAUAUUAUAUUAUCACCGCAUUAUGUCUUGCUUUCAGAACACACUAAAAGUUGUUUUAUUAUUAGGGAUUUUUUUCCUCCGGUGAUGCUUGACGUAUAUUUUUGUCAGUUCUAAAAUUUUAUUAAAAAUAGUAUUUAUUGUACAUUAUUUUAAUACAAGGAUUAUUAUGUACGCCUCCGUCACUUAAGUAUUUAGUAUGUAGUAUUUAUUAAAUAUAGAUCAGUUUUUUUCAAUACUUGUAUAAAUCACAAUAUUGAUGGCCAUGCGGGUCACAAGAAAGAAACCACUGUCUUGCUUCCUAUCUGAAAAGUACCAGUAAUUUUAAAGUAGUCAAAAACUGAUAACACUUCAUAUUACUAUCUUGAAUGAUAUUUUUAAGAUUUAUUUUAAAAUAUAUGGAGUGUGGCUUUCUCGGACUAUUAAAAGUAUAUUUUCACCAAUGGUUAACAGUUAAUAGAGUUAAUGAAGUACAACGACGUUCAGUUGAAGAGGUUGCAUUUCUUUUGUUUGUGGUAUGAAAAUAUUUUGUGUUUUCUGAAUUCAGACAGCUUUUUUUGAAGUGUAUUUCUACACUACAAAAGUUCUACAGAAAUUCCUGCCUAAGUAACUACUUGAACACUUUUAGUUAAGUGCUUAUAAUUUUCAAAGACUGAAGUAUAAUGUGUGGACAUAUUCCUAAUAUCUCCGCGGUUUUAAAAUAAAUAUGAUAUAGAUUUCUAGAGAGAAACUUUUCAUUUUAAUAUACCUAACCAAAUUCAGAUAUACAAUAUUAUAAUAGAAUAUUUUAUAGUUAUUACUCACACAAACUGGACGGUUCCAUUUAAGCCGAGCAUUCAGACACAAACCUAUUGCUUCAGACACUUUUAUAUUAAAAUGAGGUCUUUCCGAAACUCCCACUUAAUUGUAUUAACAAGAUAAUUGUAAUAAGUGUUGAUAUAAGGGAGAAAGUAUUUUAUUUUUUUCAUAUUCUUCAUGGAUACAUUAUGAAAGAGUUCUAAAAGGUAAUCAAAUUGUUUGUGCCACGGUUUGUAGCAAUGUGUUUUUUCAGUGUAAUGUAUAUUAUAUUGUCAAGGUAGGGCGAGAUGAAUGUAUUCCCUUACCUCACUGGUUAGCUAUAGGAAACGUUUUAUUCGCGUUUUCGAGUAAAAAGCUCAGUAUUUAAUAAUUUUCUGCUAAUAACUCUAUUGGGUUUACUCGGUUACCAGGGUCGCUGCCUCUAUUGUAUUUAAAAUUUAAAGGGAUUAGCUAAAGUGAGAACGUAAUCCGGGUUUUUCUGGUGUUGAAUUAAUCUGUAAAAAAGCUUAUACAGAUAUUUUUAAUUCCUACAUGCACUGCAAAUAUUUUUCUUUGAUCGUAAUUAUAUUUCGUUUCGCAUAUUUUUAAUUAAAUUGCAAUGUAAUUAAUGGCAUCGUAUUCGCAUUGGGCAACACUCACUCAGCUUUAGUAUCUUUUCUCCACAUUGAAUUUAACAAAAAUUUUUUGCCAAAUUAGUUUAUAACAAUUUUAUUUUCUACUUAU